AUGGCUUCCAUGAGAACUACUAUAAUCCCAUUUAUUACCCUGUUACCUUUGCUUUUUAUGUCCUCCGUAGCAAGUGGUGAGAUCUCUAUUGGAGGCAACAAAACUUCAUGGGGGGCUCCAUCACCUUCAUUGUCCUUCAAUGAGUGGACAAAAUCAAUCCGAUUCAAAGUUGGCGAUCUUCUCGGUAAUUAUCCAUCUCAAUUCCCAAUAACUUUAUUUCAUAUAUAUAACUCUCCAUAUGUGUUUCGGUAUGACCCUAACGUUGACUCAGUAUUGCAUGCGACAAAGGAAGAUUACGAGACUUGUAAUAACGUGAACCCAAUUAAAAAAUAUGAUGGGGGCCUAACCAAGAUUGAGUUGGACACUGCAAGAACAUUCUAUUUUCAUAGGUGUUUCUAA